ACCCGUACAUAAAAGUUUCAGAUGUACCAAAGAUCGAUUUGGCAUACUUGUUAUUUCUAUUUCGACUAAAAUGACUAAAAACUUAAACUCUUACAUUUCAGAACUUACUUACGCAGCACUGGACUGUAUCGGGUGUUCAAAAGUCAAUGUUAAUUGUAGAGCAGGUUGGUACAAACUCUUAUCUGAAAAACUUAAUGACGUCUUCAGUCGCAUGUUUCCGGGAGAUGUUGAAUAUAUUCUUGCCGGGAGCAGAGGUGAAGGCGUCGUCCAAAUAAAUGAAAGUGACGUGGACGUAAUGUUUGUUUGGCGCAAUUAUCUUAUUGUUGAUUUCGGAGGUAUUGAAAGUGGUUUAAAUGUUAUUAAGACACAUUCUGCAGAUUCCCCACCCGGAUAUACAAAACUUAUCUCUUUAGAUAUGACUAGUGAGCUAAUUGGAAUGUAUUUUUUGAUGCAAGCAACAGUACGUGAUUUGAACGAAGGGCAUUAUUUGAUAUCAAGUAGCUGUCUUAGGAAUAUGAUAGAAGACAUUUUAAGGAUCUUUGAAAGUACGAACACAUACAUACGAAAAGAGAUAAAACCAAGCAGUGGACCAUCCGUGCCUAUAUCCAUUCUUAAUGAAGGAUGUUCUCCAUACUUAAAUGCUAUACUUUUUGAAUUCGACUUUGUUUUCGCAAUGCCUUAUUUCUCAUCAACAAUACUGACUACCUGGAAGGAACGUGACCGGAAGCAUCAGUGGCCGCCAUAUUACGUCAUCCAAGAAGUAUCUGAGACGGAAGGUUUUGUCGUUCCAAUUGGACCCCAGUAUAGUGAAGAGCAAAACUAUGAGUGGAGAAUUUGCUACCUACCGGUGAGCAAAAACUGGUAUCAUGCUUAAAUGCAGUGCAACUAAAACUUUAUAUACUGAUGAAAAUGUUCUUCAAGAAAAUCGUUAGAAAUGAGUGUAAUUUGAUUACUUCUUAUAUGGUUAAAAACAUUGUAUUUUGGGUUGUUGAAGGCAAUGACGCAAGUAUGUUUACAAAAAAUAAUAUAAUAGACAUGUUCUUAAAGUGUUUAACUUUCGUACGAGAAUGUUUAUAUUCGAACUAUCUUCCAAAUUACAUGAUACCAAGUCGGAAUCUUCUAUACGGAAAAGGAAAUCCUCACGAAAAAGUAAAACUAAGACGUUUGUUAACAGAUUUAUUGAACGAAGGUGCUUUCAUCGUUAUGAGGUUAGAAAAGGUUAGAGAUGCGAUGUUUGUUCUACACAGAAGUCCUGUAGUAGCCAAACAAAAUUUUGACCAGAGAUCAAAUGCCGAAUAUGUUUAUAUACUUGCUUUGCUAGUGAUCGUAUCUAAAUUAUAUACAGCUAUGCGCAAUCAACGUACUGAUAUUGAUGCAGCUGUGGAGUGUUUGGGGGACCCUUUGUUUAAUCAUCUCAUAUUCGCAUUAUUGAGACUUCUAAAUGUGAAUCCGUUACUUGUUCGAACUGAUACUGAUACGGAUACGUGUAUGCAAACAUUGACUGCCCUGAUGGCAAAUUUAUUUUCAUAAGUAAGGUGUUUCCUCUGUUGCCGGAAGCGCAAAAACGAAACAGUGCACUUAUUGUUCGAGUGUCCAUAUACUGACGGCGAAAGACUGCUAAAUAUGUUCCUUACUUAUGUCAGUUCAUUGAGUAUUACUCUCAGUCAAAUGUCAAGUCGAAUUUCAACUCAUGUACUCAUAGACUAUAUGCUUGGUAAAAUUAAUGAAAACUUAUCUAAAGUGUUAACUGUCGAUCUGUACCCACAUUCUUGAUUCUAAUUACUGAAUUUCUAAAAACAAUUGCACAAAUAGUAUGACUGUCUCAUGUAAUUUAGGUGGCUGAGAUUUCAGUCGCAUUCAUGUAAAACAUGUAGAUUCAAUAAACAUAAUUUCCU